AUGUCAUUUUCAAUAACAAAUAAGUUGUUUCCGUCGAACCACAAGACGGUUUUUGUGCUAGACCACACGCCCUAUUUCGGUAUAUCAUGCGAAAGCCCCAUAGAGCUCGAGUUUUUGAAAGCCAGGACUCCCGGCUUUAUCCCCAUGACCCCCAUUUGCAAGUCGCUGUGGACCUCCAGCGUUGAGUCGGCUAUCGAGUAUUGCAGGAUAGUCUGGGACCUGUUCCCGCAAGGGAAAUUGGUUAGGUUCAUUGCUAGCGACACUGUUGCUCAUAUUUUGAAUACAUGGAGCCCCUCGCAGCAGAAUCUGAGCCACGUUAUGAACGCGAUGUCGCUAAUUGGGGUUCCGCCCCCUCAUGCCAUCAAUCGCAACUUGGAAUAUACCGUUUUGCACGGCUUGAGGGCCGCGAUUGAAGCCCUCAGUGACUGCACGGACAUCCAAGUGAAAAAGAGCCAAAAUCAAACUUUUGGCGACGUGCAAACGAAACUAAUAAAUCGGUGCAGAGUGAUUUGCAUCACUUCGGCACGUGACAAUGACAGUAUGAAGCGAUUGGAGGAAAUUUUUUUGAGUGUCUUGCAACAACAAAACAAAGUUGCCGCAGGAUCUGACAGAUUAUUGACAAUUGACCAUUGCCACCUUGUCAUAAUCAACACUUUCCCGGUCAAUAUCGAGUCACAAGUCAAUAAUCACCCCCCAAAAAAUUUGUCAACAAUUUUGACAACGGAGGUUCACUCAAUCAAAGCCCCCUUGAUCUCGAACAAACUCUCCACUCUUAUUUUGGAGCACUAUAACUUGGCUAGUACCACAGUUACGGGGAUUCCCAUGAAAGAGGAGCAAAAUGCGAGUUCCUCGGCCAACUACGACGUGGAGAUUUACCACGCGAGCUCCGCUCACACCGCCAUCCUCAAGGGCAAUGCCCUGGAUUCGGCCGCCAUUCGCACCAUCAAAGACGGCCUGGAGUACGAAACGGUCACCUUAAAGUGGUGUACGCCGCGUGGGUGUUCCGGGUCCGAGCUCCAAAAUUGCACCGGAAUGUUCCGGAUCACUCCGGUCGAUGUCAAUUCCAGGCCGUCCCUUUGCCUUAUCAAUUUCCUCCUGAACGGGAGGUCAGUCAUGCUGGAAAUGCCGCGGAAGGCGGGAGGGAAAAUCACGAGUCAUUUGUUGGCCUCCCAUGGGGGCGAAAUUUUCAUCCACACUUUGUGCACGGCAAGGUCGGUCCUGGAGGACCCCCCGAGCAUUUCCGAAGGGUGUGGCGGGAGAGUUACCGACUAUAGGAUCACUGACUUUGGGUUGUUGAUCAAACAGAACACCUUGGUGCCGAUCAAGGCCGGGUUUGUGGACGAGGGGAAUAGGCCGAUUCAGAAGAUGAAGACGAGGCUGAAUAGGCACACGAAGUAUUGGCCCUUGACGAUUAGCUCAACUUUGAUUUUUAACUUGAAAGGGUACAUUGAUCCUCUUCCGUCGAUUAUAACGAAAGAAAAAAUCACGGAAGAGGAAGUGUACCAGUGCAGACGCAUUAUUUUCAAUCUGAUAUCGCUUGAGAGCAAAAACGAGUCGUUGUACUCGUUGAACGCGGGUCAAAGGGUGAAGGGCCAAAAAAGGGAGGACCAGUAUAAGGCCAUGUGGAACGAACUGGAGACACUCCUUAAGAAAAAUCUGCACACAGCAGACCACAGGAGCGUUUACAACUGUCUUUUAGAGUGUCACAAAUUCAAUUUCGAGGAGGAAAAACUUUCAGAUAAAGUCGAACUAGAUGAAGCUUUACGCGAAUUGGAUCACAUAGGACCGUCGAAAUCCGACUCUGACGCCCCCCGAGCUUCGGUUAUCCGCGCCACUACAGACUCGCCAAUGUCGCCCCCACCACUCACCAGUAUUAACCCUCCCGUGGCCAAAUCGGGCACUAGCAGGUCUGGGGGCAUUUAUUCAGCCCCCCGAACUCUGCUCGAUAUCUUCACAUCGCAGGAGAAGGUGAAGUCACGGCCGGAGUUCAGCGGGAGGCUGGCAGGUGGCGCUGUUGCAAAACUGUACGCCAAUCACAAGUAUGCCGAUUCGGGGUCUAGAGGGGAGAGUAUGGAAGUUGAAUAAAAAAAUGCCGUGAAAGAUUUAUAUUUAUGAAAAUAUCCUACAAAAAACCUCAAACUCAUUUUCUACAACUGAUAUUUUUACAGUUACAUUGUUCAGAUUAUGAAUAUCUCCUGUUUGCUAUGAUUACAAGAAGCGGCGUGAAUAGGAGCGAAUAAAAAACAUGAAAAAAGUCGGUUCAAGACAUUCAUAAUCCACUUUAAAAAAUAUAACACAUUACUAUAUAUAUAAUUUUAAAUAAAUUCACUAACUAUCUGUUUUUUGUAAAAGUGUUAUGUAUACAUUCUACAGUAUUAUUCAUAAAAGGCAUUCAGUUAUUUGUUGUAUCUAUAUAUCAUAUAAAUAUUUUAUAUUAAAAUGGAGCAUCUCUAACUCGAAAUUACAAAAUCGCGUGCCUUGGUUUCUGAUUUUCUCUUCCGAAUUGGUUGGUUUGUACUCCCGUUGAAUACGAUUUUAUAACACCGAUGCGAAAAUUCACAUUUGAAGUCUGCUCCUGAUGUAAUCACUGAACGGAAGGAAACUAAAGAAAUGUCAUAUGUACACUGCGCAACAACACAUCUUCAAAUGUAAAAGUUCAUGUAACCUUUCGUAAGUAAUAUAAAAGUCAAAUGAAAAAUUGGAAUGUUCGUCAAUUACGCUAAUAAAAUGAAUGCCUAAAUUUAAAACGAAAAAACAAUGAAAAAUAAAUUACUUAGUCUAUUCUUACAUGUAUAAUAAUAAGAAAGUUGAUUAAGAUCGGUAUCAAAAUAAUGCGACUACUUACAUGUACAUAUAAAAAACAACGGAACAAUUAUACAGAAAAACAAAUAUUACAAUGAAAUAUGUCGAUAUUUCAGGUGAAAAUUUUACUCAAAGUGGUAACCUCGUUGUUUGGCAAAUGCAAAAAAGGGACGUACCAA